AUGGACGCGUCGACUUUACCCAAGCAUCUCAGCUUUCUCAACGAUGCCGCCCAUCUCCUCCGGGCAUCGGCACCCGAGACCUCGGCUCACCUGAUGAGCCAUCACAACGAGCUCAUGUUACUCAACGACGUUGAACAGACCGACGUCCGACGACAACACGUCUGCGGCGCGUGCGGUCACAUUAUGAUUCCCGGGCAGGGCACCACUCUCAAGAUGGAGACCGAAAGAGCGAUGCGGAAGAAGAGACGAGGCACCAAGGCGCAGGAUUCCAAGACCAAGGAGGACGUUCAACGCCAGUCCGGGAUGCGCAAGCUUUUUACCUGCGGCAACUGCGACAUUACCACCAAGAUCUCGUUUCCUCCUCCGCCACGCGUCGCGAGACGUCAAGUCAAGUCGGAGAAGUCGUCUGCGGCCGAGCCAGCCAAGCCUGCAACGGCCAGCUCCAGCAGCAAGAAGCGGGCAAAGAACAGGAAGGCCGGUCUGCAAGCUCUGCUUCAAGCCAAGACUUCGUCCUCAGGAGGCCGAAACUUGAGUCUUGCCGACUUUGCAAGAUGA